AUGGUCAUCGAGAAACUGCUUUGGUCCAAGAAGAAGCAGACCAGGCAUGAUAUUUCUCGAGAAGAGUUUGCCAGCAUAUUUAAUGAGUGGAAAGAAACGAAGAUCAAGCAGAUUCAACAUCAGCUGAGCUCAAUGGGAACCAGCAUUGACUUCUCCAAGGACUACUUCACAUUGUCGCCUAAGAUGUCCGAUUACGUGAACACCGCCUUCAUCGAGCUCUUCAACAAAGGCCUCAUCUACCGAUCAUCGUACAUGGUCAACUGGAGUUACUACCUGCAGUCUACGCUGUCGGACAUUGAAAUCGAGCACCGAUUCAUUUCCAAGCCGACCAACUAUGAGGUGCCCGGCUGCAGCGACAAGUUUUUACUGGGCGUUUUGCAUCACUUUAAGUACCCGAUUGAAAGUGAGGAUUCCAAUGAAUUUGUCACCAUUGCAACGACGAGAAUAGAGUCAGUAAUGGGUGAUGUCGCUCUUUGCGUCCACCCAAAUGACAGUCGUUACAGUCACCUGAUUGGCAAACGGGCAUUCAACCCCUUCACCCGACAGAUGAUGCCCAUCCUUGCUGACGCCUCUGUGAAGCCGGAAUUCGGCACUGGCGUCCUCAAGCUGACGCCUGCCCACAGCCUGAUAGACUACGAGAUUGCACAGCGGCAUGACCUUCCGAUGAUCAACAUCUUUGACGACAAGGGCAAUAUUCAGUGUCUCUACGAGCCCUUCAACAGUGUUCACCGGUAUGCCGCCAAGGAGCUGGUGCGCGCCGAGCUGGACCGACGAGGCCUGUACGAGGGCUACCGAGAGCACAGUCACUGGCUGCCAGUCUGCUCUCGAAGCGGUGACAUCAUCGAGUCUCGUCUGGUGCCGCAGUGGUUUCUCCGGUGCGACGAUGCUCGCUACCAAACGGAGUUCACCGUCAAUCGAGACAGCCUGAGCGAGGAGUCGGAGCAGCGGUGGAACGAGCUCAAGACUAGUCUCGAUGAAGGCAGUCGAAAUGUGUCGCUGAUUCCCUCCAGUUACCGCAACACCUGGAAGGACUGGUUCAGCCGACACAAGGACUGGUGCGUGUCACGGCAAAUAUUCUGGGGUCACCGGAUUCCCGCUUUUCAGGUGCUUAAAGACUCAGCGCCGACAGAGUUUUGGGUUGCCGCCAAAAGUGAAUCGGAAGCACUGAGGUUAGCGGCAGAAAAGUACGGCGGUAGUGGUGCAGAUGAAAGCAUCACCGUCAAACAAGACAGCGAUGUCCUCGACACUUGGUUCUCCUCUGGCCUUCUACCUCUGGCAGUGACCGGUUGGUUUGACGGUCACACCGGUUCACCCAACCACCGGCGACUGCCCCUUUCACUGAUGGAGACCGGCCAUGACAUUAUAUUCUUCUGGGUGGCCCGCAUGGUCAUGCUCUCACUGCAGCUCUCUGGAAGGCUGCCCUUCGACCGGGUGCUGCUGCAUGGCAUGAUCUGCGACUCGAAUGGCAAGAAGAUGUCCAAGUCGAAGGGCAACGUCGUCGAUCCGAUGCACCUCAUUGAGGGCGCCAAUCUGGAGCAGCUGAUUCAGCAGAGUAAGGACCUCUUUGAUGCUGGCCUCAUCUCCGAUGAGGUGUUCACGGAGCUGAUGAAGAGGACGCUCAAAGCAUGGCCCAAUGGGCUGCCCGUUUGCGGUGCAGACGUCCUUCGGCUGUCUCUGCUGCAGUCAGACUUUAAAGAGCAGAAGGUCAACUUUGACCUGAGCAAGACGGUGAAGAAACGAGUGUUCAGCAACAAAAUGCACCAAACGGUGCGCUUCAUUUUGCUACACCUCGAUGAUCACUUUGAGCAGGUUUCACUUGCACCUGAUCAGUUGUCAAACAUCGACAAGUGGAUUCUCACCAAGUUCGUUCAACUGGGCAAUCUUUGCCGCGACUCCUUCAAGUCCUACGACCUGCACAAAGCUGCCUGUCAAGCACCUGAUCAGUUGUCAAACAUCGACAAGUGGAUUCUCACCAAGUUCGUUCAACUGGGCAAUCUUUGCCGCGACUCCUUCAAGUCCUACGACCUGCACAAAGCUGCCUGUCAAGUUGAAAAGUUUUGGAUCAAUGAUCUGUGUGAUGUCUACCUGGAGAGCAUCAAGCACGACAUUAUCGACAAGCGACCCAACUACCUACAGUCGCUGAACCUCCUCAUUCUCGUAACGUCCCUCUCACUACGACUGAUUCACCCCUUCAUGCCCUUUAUCACUGAAAAUCUCUACCAGCACUUGAGCUUUGCUCAGUGCAAGUCUGAAAAACAGGAUUACCAGUACCGAAGUAUUCUCCAGCUGCCGUACCCCUCGCCCAGUGAGCACAGUCUUCUGCAGUUCUUUGACGGCUCGUACAUGGAUGACUACGAGAAGGUGUUUGCCAUUCAACGAAAGAUUCGCUGGUUCAAGCAGAACUUCCUAAUUAACCGCGAGCCGCUGAUAGAGCGCAUCCGCGUCGCUUCCCUCUCCUCCACACUGCCGCAGUACGAAGGGAUGAUUAGCUCUGCCAUCAAGAUUGCCGACUGUAGGCUGGAGUUUGUUGAUCUCCACGAUAUCUACCACUUUGAUGACGCCUACUGCGUUCAGGUGAACUUGAAUGAUGAAGAUGAUGAAGGCACUGCACAAAGCUCGUCGUCAUCCUCUGAUUCCGAUUCCGCGGCCGACUCGCGCGCCAAGACGUCAAACUCACUGCAGGCAGAUGAAAUCUACUUGCUGUUUUCGGUGAAACGAGCUCUGCUUGAAGGCAGGCUUCAUGACGCCAAACUGAAUCUGAAAGAGCCGAAAAUCAAAUCACUGCUCGGGCAAUUUGAUCAGCUUCACGCGAAAAAUUUCAGCGAAAACUACAAGAGACUUACUAAAAUUGUUAGUUAG